CAUCAAAUCAAUCUUCAUUGUGCAUCUAGGGGAUAUGAUCUUCUUGUUAUAGCCAUUAACCAACUCAACUGCUAACAAAAUAUUUCACUAAUACUCCUCCCCUUCACGAAAGCAGACUGACUUCUACUAACCAGACUUGGCAAAACAGUAGAUAACCUAUUAGCUAAAACUUUGGUAAUGCACUUGUAUAGAACAUUGCAGCACGAGAUAGGUCGGAAGAGCUUCAUGUAGUCUGCAUUCUCUACCUUCGGUAUUAAAGCUAGAAUAGUAGAGUUAAUUUCUUUUGGAAGAUGACCAGUGGCAAAGAAACUUCCCACUGCAGCACUCACUUCAUCCCCAAUUAUUCCCCAAGCAGUACUAUAAAAGUCCACAGAAAUAAUAACAGGCCCAGGGGCCUUAUUAAGACUCAUUCCAAACAUUGCUUCUCUAAUUUCUUCUUUUGUAACCUCUCUACAUAAGUUGGAAGCUGCAUCCCCUGAGAGUUGAUGGAAAACUAGAGACCUCAGUCCUUCUACAGAGCUUUCUUCCACUUCUUCAUUUUUCUUACCAAGCAAGUUUUGAUAGAACUCAACUGCAAGUUUACCUAUCUCUUCAAUAUCAGUUACCUCAGAACCAUCUUCCUUACGAAUCAUAGAGAUAUUUUUCCUAUGCUGCCUGAUCUUAAGAGAUUGAUGGAAAUAUCUCGUAUUAAGGUCCCCUACCAUGACAGCCUGCACUCGAGCUUUCUGUCUAUAACAUGCCUCCUCAGCUAAUUGAAGCUCUCUACAUAUCUGGCACAUUCUGACUCCUUUGCAAAUGAACUUGAAGCAGGAUUGGAGAGCAGUUAUCUGAGCAUCCUCAAGUUCCUUCUCAGCAGCUCUAGCUCUUAAUUGAAAUAUCAGAAAACAAUUCCUUAUUCAACUCCUUCAAUUUUCUUUUCAACAACCUUAACUUUUGACAAACCCUAUAGAAAGGGUAACCUGCUACAUAAGUACUCCACACUUCCUCUAAGAUCUCAUUGAACUUUGGGUGCUUCCCCCAAAAGGAGAAGUAUUUGAACGGUUUAGGCAAGUUUUUUUGAGCUGGAACUGAAUGAAGCAACAAGCCACAGUGAUCUGAAACUGUACCAGGGGUAGUGGUGCUAGCCAGCUAUUAGGAAACGAGGUUAACCAAUCAUUAUUGACAAAUUAUAGUACUCCACAGAAGCAUUAAAACCAGGUCCUUCAUCUGGGGCAAAUCUCAAGGUUUUUGGGCAUGGGGAAUCCACUCCAAUCACCACGCAGCACUUUCGUACCCGAAUUGAUCACCCAUUUUGGGUUUGUCCAGUUUUUCCACUUGAAGAGUCCUUCAUUGUCUCUUGUUUUGAUCAGAUCCAAGAUGUUAUCAAGGUGAACUGAUAGAUCUCUGAUGGGUUUUAUGUUCCUCUUGUGUUUCUGGAGUAUAAAGUUGUUGACUUCUGAUCCAAUCUCCAAAAACUGCUUCUUUGGCCUUUUGGUCAAUGGUUCAAACUUUACUUAGAUCUGGGUUUUGUUUGUUUUGACAAUAUAAUUCAAUCUUUGGUGGGGGAUGCUUUGUUUCAACAAUCUGUGUGUUCUUGCAGUCAUUCAUGGAUUGAUUCUGCAAUGAGAUUAUCACUAGGUCGUUUAAAACUUAAAAGUAGGUCAUUGCCUAGCAGUAGGGUUUACACUUGGUUCAGGUUUAUGAUUUAUCAGAUCUGGGUUUGACAUAGUAAUUUCAAUCUUUUGGGCUGCCUUUGUGUUAACAAUCUGUCUGUUCUUGAAAAUUUUGAUUCGUACUUCAAUGAAUAAUCCCUAAGGUUAGAAUAUAGUACGUCAUUUGUAUUGACAUAAGGCUUCCUAUGUUACAUGUUUCUUAUUAUUUAUCAGGGGAGAGGAUUAUAUUGGGAUGAUAUGUUAUUUUUGUAGACUCCAGAAAUCAAGAAGACUCUACUGCCACCCGAAAACCAGGAGCUGCAAUCUCUGGCUGCUUGUAGUAUUCAUGCUUAUGUAGUCAUGGAUAAACUGCAUAAGCAUGACUUCUGGCUGAAAUCAUCCGUGGAACCACGAUAGGUGUUAUGAGAUUCAAGUGGCUACUUGGUUCAAGACUCGUGUCCUGCGUUGCAGGCUUGCCAGCAAAUCUCCGUUUUGUGUUUUUCGGGGACAGGAAGUUAUUGGAUAGCUUUUGGGAGUGAACUCAAAGAGUGUUGAGGAUGUUUGAUGAGCGCAGAUGGCUCAUUUCAAGAUUCCACUUAACCCGAGGUAUAUCAUAGCUUACAACAAAAUAGGCUUGGCAUUCAUAACCAACAGAAGGCUAAACCUUUAUAUGCCCUUAGCAGAGAAAUUGCAUUUCUAAAGAGAGAAUCUCAGCUGAGAAGGAAACUGAGCUUAGAUUCUAAAGAACGAGAGCACUGCCUGGGGUCCUCAUCAUCAUGCAUUUUAUGGAGAAAGCUGUCAUAUGCUGCUAGUACAUUGCUGCAACAAAUCGCAUAUGUAAACCACCAAAUUAGGUUCAGUUUGCGUAUUUAUCAGAAGGGCCCAAAUGGGAAAAAUAAAAAGAAUCAGGGUUGAAAGGGGAAAAAACCACCAGUAGCAGCAGAUCAUAUAUAAGUGGCAUCAUCUCCUAUUGGGCGUUUAGGUUUCCCAUUUUGUUUCUUCUCCGCUCAAAAGGAAGCCGGGGUUCCGCCUACAAAAUUCUUUCCUGCUGUGGCACCUGACUGGACUCACUGUCCCCUUCCUCCACCAGGUACUUCCGUGUUUCCUUCAUCAGGCUUAAAACCUGCAUUUCUUUCUCAACACCCCUCUCUUCUAGUGUGUAAAGAGCCUCUUUAUAGUGAAGUAGACUUGAUUGAAUUAGAGGAAAAUAUGAAGCGUUGGGAGUCUAGAUCUCUGUUAACACUGUCACUACUUAGUAUUGGGUCUUCACUGAGUUUUGGUUUGAGGUCAUUGAGUAUUCCCAACAUAGGAGUGUUUGGGGGAGUGGAGGAUUGUCAACUGAGUUUUGUAAUUUUUAGAGGAGCCGACAGCCUCAACUACAUUGGAAUUAGGUCAUUCUGGAAUUGAAAUCUACAAGGGGCAAUGGGUUACAGAGGUGGCAAGGGCGUGCCCAUCAAGCUAGAGUUGAGUGUCAAUAAUGUUGUAGGGCUUGCUGAAGGAUCCAUUCUGGACUUGUGUUGUGGCAUUUGGAGGGUUUCAAGUUAUGUGGUGGGUUGGCCUGUACAAUGCUGUGUGGUGGUAUUGUGUGGUGCUUGUACGUUUUAAGCUUUGUGGAUGUCUCGUACAUUUUAGCAGGAGGUCAGAUUGGUGCAGAGCAUGAGAGGUUCCUGGAAGAAGCUCCUUGUUUAUUUUUGCCUAAUUUUCUUUGGUUGGGCAUACAGGUGUGUCCCUGCUUGUGUUUUAGAAGUGGCCCUGUCUGUGGCGUGGAUGUAUAUGUUAUGUUAUUUUCCCUACCUCUUUGAUUUCUGUGUGUUGUUUCUGGUGUCUGUUAAUUUUCUUGCCAAACUCUGUUUCUGAUGCUUUAUCGUGACAACUUCAAUUGUUCUUCUUGUGUGGCUUUAGAUGGAGUCCUCAUAGAUAAUAUGAAUCAAUCAAUUGAUGCUUCGUAGAUUAAGUGCAUGCUACCAUUAUUGACUAUCAGUUUUAGUGAUUGGCAGUACUUUUAUUUGAAAAUGGGGAAGGACAAAGGGCAGUCUUCAGGUAGGAAGAAGCUCAAGGACCCGUCAAUCAUCAAUUGGGCUACUGCAAAUAAUAAAACGAAAAAGAGUGUCUUUGAGACUGAAAUCAUAAGCCAAGGCGAUGAACCAAUUUGCUGGGCUGUUUCAACUUGUGCUGUACUUGAAGGAUGUUUCAAUAUAACUUUGGACGGUAGCAAGCAUCGGAUCAAGGCUUCGAUUCAAGAACUUUUAGAUUAUGCUAUAGAAAAAGAUGCAGACAAAAUUGCAUUGCAACCGGUGAGGUUGACCAAUGCAUGGCGACAGAUCGAUAGUCAUGGACUCUCCCAGUAUGAUGAUUAUGAUAAGUAUAAAGGCAAACCACAAUUAAGCUAUCAAAUGUCAGAAAAAGGAAAAGGAGUUCGCCUUGAGAUUGUUAGUUUUGAGGAGAUGGUACACAAUGACUAUAAAGGCGGUAGGAUAGUGAAAGUGAAAGAUCAUGACAUUGAGCAGUUGCUUCAUCAACACCCAGUUGUGGGAGGUUUAAAAGUUUACCCUUCCUUGAGGAAUUGGUCAGGGAGUAACAUCUACAUGGGGCCCACUCAAGAAGAGUUUGAUGCUUACAAAAACAUGUCACUGCUUCAGCAUUCAAUAGCUAUUGUCGGAUUUGGUAUCGACACAACCGGAGAAGAGGAUAUCGAAUAUUUCAUCAUUAGAAACUCCGAAGGAGAAGAAUGGGGCAAUGGUGGUUAUGGGAAGGUGAUCCGCAAUCACAAGAGUAUGCCCUCUGUAUUCGUGUGUUACUCAUACCCCAUAGUGGACCUUUCAAAUUUUCCUACUGAGGAAGAAGAGAUGUGAAGACAUAACAAUCUUGAAUUGGUACUUUUAGCUUUCCUAGUGGUCAUUGGAGAUACUUCUUUUAUCAUUUUGGCUCCUGACUGUAUUUGCUAUUUCAUCUUGGAAUUGGUACUUCAUCUAUCUUUCCUAGUGGUGACUGUUGACUGGAGAUACUUCUUUUCUCCCUCCCUCUUCUUUCGGUUUGUUGGCGGAAGCCACCCCUACUAGCAAUUUCCUGAAUGUUAUAUAAAUGAAUAUAUCUGUUGUUACUUUUGUUUAGUACUAUUAUUAAUUAGUGCUAAGUUAUGCUAGAAUUAUGAUAAGCCGAGAUGGUUUGGUUUUUGACUUAUUAUUAGUGUCGGUUAGCGGAAGGAACCCAAUCAGUCUGCAGCGUUAGAUGUGAUAUCCAAAUAACCAAUAGGAAGUACGGAGAUAAUUAUAACUGUAGUAAAAUGUGACCUUAUUCCUACAUUCAGGGUAAGCACCAAUUGAUGUCGAAAAAGUUAUUCUGCUAACAACAAUAUUUGUUAGCAGAUACUAAUAGGUCCGGAUUGGAGGUCACGUCGGCCCAGGUUUCAUCCAACGAAGGAGAAAGGCGUGCUUGUGGUGGCUCACUUAAGUGAGCUGGUGAUGGGCUUGCGAGGAGAAGCCGACCCAGCGUGCGGCGCGAAAAACGAGCCGAGAAAGUGGCUUUGUGGGCCCGCUUCAGUUAGUGCGGGAUUUUGGAGAGGAAUGAAAAGAGAGAACGAAAAUUGUGAGCUCACGUGGCCAUGUGAUAUUUAUGUAUGUUUGUUUGUGUGGAUAUUUUUUAUUUUCAGACGAUUAUAUUCUGUGUUGACUUUGCAUCAUUGUUGAACUAAACUAGUCUUCCUUCGCAAACCAAUAUCCAUCAUUAAAUUAAUGUUUACCAAACCCAAAAUUACCCAACCACCCGAAAGUGAAUAUUGUGUCUUCCAUCAAAUUUGUGAAGGACUGGAAUAUUGUGUCUUCAUCAAAUUAAACACACUAUCAAGUCCUAACACAUAAGGCUUGAAACCUUAGUUAGGGCUGCCCGCCGAGGGCCCAUGGGUCGAAGGCCCAUUAAAUAAUAAUAGGUUUUAUGG